GUGUGUGUGUGUGUGUGUGUGUGUGUCUCUUUGUGUGCAGUUUCUAAGAGAAAUGCCGAACGCUGAGAGUCUCUUUAUGAGUCCUGCUGACUCGGACCGUUUGCACAAAGGCCUUCAGCUGCUCAGGUGCUAUAAAGAGCAGCCGCUGCUGCACAGGUAACACUCAGUUGACCACAGCAGCAACCAGCAACCAGGAACCAGCAACCAGCAACCAGCAACAUGACUUCCAGCAGCAUGAACAUGGGCAGGGUGGUGUUUUACGAGGACAGGAACUUCCAGGGCCGCUCAUACGAGUGCAGCAGCGACUGCGCUGACAUGUCUUCCUACCUGAGCAGGUGCCACUCCUGCAAGGUGGAGCGUGGCUGCUUCAUGGUGUACGACCGCACCAACUACAUGGGAAACCAGUUCUUCCUGCGUCGCGGAGAGUACUCUGACUACCAGAGCAUGAUGGGCAUGAGCGACUGCAUCAAGUCCUGCCGCAUGAUCCCCAUGCACCGCGGCCAGUACCGCAUGAAGAUCUACGAGAGGGAGAACUUCGGAGGCCAGAGCUACGAGCUGAUGGACGACUGCGACAACGUGAUGGAGCGUUUCCGCAUGUCUAACUGCAUGUCCUGCCACGUGAUGGACGGACACUGGCUGAUGUAUGAGCAGCCCAGCUUCAGGGGACGCAUGAUGUACAUGAGGCCCGGAGAGUACCGCAGCUUCAGCAGCAUGGGCAUGAGCAGCAGUCGCUUCAUGAGCAUGAGGCGCAUCAUGGACUCCUACUACUGAACUCAAUAAAGCUUGAUUCACUCCA